UGUCACUUUACAAUUACAAAUAAAAAUAAGAAUUAGUAACAUAUUAGUGUUUAUGUUUGUUAAUUGUAUACCUUUCUUGGUUACUAUCCUGCCACGCAUUCAUGUUCUUUUUUCCUCUUUCAUAUUAUGAUUCUACAUUGCUAUUCGCACCCCCAACCCACACCAACACUUCCAUGGCUUCACGUUCACCACGCCUCCUAUCACUCACCAGAAGGGCUUUUUCUUCAUCUUCUUCUCAACCUCAUCGUGUUUCUUUAGUUCAAGGAGCUUCCAGAGGAAUCGGCCUUGAAUUCGUGAAACAGUUGCUAGAGAAAAAUGAUAAAGGGCAUGUUGUUGCUACUUGCCGUAAUCCUAAUGAAUCAACUGGCCUUAACGAUUUGAAGGAUAGGUUUUCUGAUCGUCUUCAAAUUUUGCCUUUGGAUUUGACUGUUGAAAGUUCUAUUCAGGCAUCUGCAUUGUCAAUAAAAGAGAAAUAUGGUCAUCUUAACCUUCUUGUUAAUGCAUCUGGGAUUCUUUCAAUACCUGAAGUACUGCAACCAGAAACCACACUGAACAAAUUGGAGAAGUCAUCUUUAAUGCUUGCAUAUGAAGUUAAUGCUGUUGGUCCUAUCUUGGUUAUCAAGCACAUGUGGCCUCUUCUGAAAGUUGGAGGUGGCAUUGGAACUGAAAGAAGUCCUGCAGUUGUGGCUAGUUUGAGUGCAAGGGUUGCAUCUAUUGGUGACAAUCGUCUUGGCGGGUGGCAUUCGUAUCGAUCUUCAAAAACCGCUCUUCUAACAGUGUCGAAGACCGUCUCGUUGGAAUUCGCAAGGAAGAAGGAUCCAAUUGUAUGUAUUUUAUUGCAUCCUGGUACAGUUGACACAGAUCUUUCUAAGCCAUUUCAAAGAAAUGUUCCUAAAGAAAAGCUUUUCAGCAAAGAGUUCUCAGUACAAAAGCUGUUACAUGUCAUUAACAAUGUGAAGAGUCAUGAUAAUGGCAAGUUUUUUGCUUGGGAUGGUCAAGAAAUUCCUUGGUAAUCUGUUGUGUUUAUGUCGAACAACUUAGAAUGUAAGAAUGAUAUCGAUAAUUAAUGUCGAAGUUGCACUUGAUAAAAAAACGACUAGAAAUUUGUAUUUCAUGAUAAAUAAAAUUCAUUGAUUCAUUCAUAACUGUUGUUAAAAAUAAAGGAAAUGCAACUACUUGACAAUUGACAUAGUUACCGGUCA